UUUCUCUGCGACGGGAUGUUCUGUCACCCUCCUGGCCGGAAGUGGGGCUUCUACAGUAGUUUUGCAAGCAUACACGUGGUUUCGCUGAUCGUACAAGAUGUCGUUAGAUCGAGUAGUAAAGCCCAAGACAAGGAGAGCAAAACGUUUUAUUGAGCAAAGGGGCCCAAAAAUCAAUGAAAAUGUGAAAAAUGCAAUGCUUGUCAAAGGAGGAAAUGCAAGCAACCUGGUGACACAAGCACUGAAAGAUAUUUAUGCCUUGAAGAAGCCUUAUUGUGUCCUCUAUAAGAAGAAAAAUAUGACCAGACCAUUUGAGGAUCAAACUUCACUGGAGUUUUUCUCGAAGAAGUCUGACUGUUCACUGUUUAUAUUUGGCUCCCACAACAAGAAGCGUCCUCACAACUUGAUUUUUGGCCGGAUGUUUGACUAUCACGUACUUGAUAUGAUUGAACUGGGUGUGGAGAAGUUUGUUUCCUUAAAGGACAUAAAGAAUUGCAAGUGCCCCGAAGCAACCAAACCUAUGCUGAUCUUUGCUGGGGAUGCAUUUGAAAUAAACGAAGACUACAGGCGACUCAAAAACCUUUUCAUUGACUUCUUCAGAGGGCCAGAUAUAACUGGUGUUCGUCUGGCCGGCUUGGAGCAUGUCCUGCAUUUCACAGCAGUGGAUGGAAAGGUUUUCAUGCGCAGUUACAAGGUUUUGUUGAAAAAAUCUGGAUGCAGAACUCCAAGAAUUGAACUGGAAGAAAUGGGACCCUCGUUUGAUUUUGUAAUGAGAAGAACUCACCUUGCUUCUGAUGACCUGUAUAAACUUUCCAUGAAACGUCCUAAGGCCCUUAUGGCAAAGAAAAAGAAGAACAUAUCCCAUGACACAUUUGGUACACAGUAUGGACGCAUCCACAUGCAAAAGCAGGACCUUGGUAAGCUGCAGACACGCAAAGUGAAAGGACUGAAGAAGAGACGAGCAGAAAAAACAGUCGAUGGAGAACAAAAGGCAAAGAAAAUAAAGCAGAACUAGCUGAAGAAGUAUUCGCCUUUUAUGAGGACUUUGUCACGAGCUCAUGUAAUGACGCUGAUUUCUUGUUGGACUACCCAGCACAAAUACCAGAGGAGAUGUUUUCAGCAUGAUGAAUAAGAACAGUACUGGGGUGGGUAACGUGAGCUGACUGUGGGGUUUCGUUUUGCCAGUACCCCAAAUCAAUUAUUAACGGUGGCAGAAUAUUGCAACCCUAGAAGGAAAGGCAACAGCGUAAUGGUACAGGUGGAACCCAGUAUUUUGUUUCUUUGAUGCAAUGAUAUUCAAUGAGAAUGUUUCUGUUUAUUUUUCUCUGUAUUAAACAAUUAUAAUCUUGUA